AUGUCAAUGGAGAGCGAAACCCUGAUUGAAUCGGCGAUUAGGGUUCUUAACACAUCGGAUCCGUACGAAAAAGCCAAGCUUGGCGACUCGAUCGCCGUCAAAUGGCUCCAAGGUGCCAUCGCCGAACCUUACAAUCCCACCGUCGAUCUCCCCGUCCCGGACAGGCCGGCUCGGCUCACCAACGUGAAAUUAGUGUCUCCGAGCUUGAUGCCGAAGCUGGGAAGAGCUGGUAGCUUACAGAGCAGGCAAGCAAUUGUUCAUAGUCUUGUUCAUACUGAAAGCUGGGCUAUUGACUUAUCCUGGGACAUUAUUGCUCGCUUUGGCAAGCAAGAGAAGAUGCCGAGAGAGUUUUUCACUGAUUUUGUUCUGGUAGCUCAGGACGAAGGCCGUCACUUCUCUUUGCUUGCGGCUCGGCUUGAGGAGAUUGGGUCUCGUUACGGUGCAUUGCCUGCCCAUGAUGGUCUUUGGGACUCUGCAACCGCUACAUCUCAUGACCUUUUGGCUCGUUUAGCUAUUGAGCACUGUGUUCACGAGGCUAGAGGACUUGAUGUCUUGCCGACGACAAUAUCCCGGUUUAGGAACGGAGGCGAUAACGAAACUGCAGAUUUACUGGAGAGAGUUGUGUACCCUGAAGAAAUCACUCACUGUGCGGCUGGAGUGAAAUGGUUCAAGUAUCUAUGCGCACGGUCCAAGAAUCCAGAAGUCACCAUCAACAGCAAAGAAUCUGAUGAUUGCAAUGAAGAGAUAAUCAAGAAGUUUCAUUUGGUGGUAAGGGAGCAUUUCAGAGGACCGUUGAAACCUCCGUUUAAUGCAGAAGCAAGGAAAGCUGCUGGCUUUGGCCCUCAAUGGUAUGAACCACUUGCUGUUAAAGAGAGCAAUGCGGCCACUUGCUCUUAG